AACUGCAUAAUAUGCAUAAAUAUUAUACUUGCUUAUUAAAGGCCAAUACAGCCUAUUUAUAAAAUAUUUUAUUAUAGACUGAUUGUAUGGGAUAUAAGCCCUCGAUAUGUAUAUAUGUAUUUGUGUAUAUUUUAGGCCACUUUAGUGUUUUUGUUUCGUGGCUAUCAACUUUGCAAGUAGAGGGCAAACAAAGACAAUCAGUAUUACCGCAAAUACAUCCACGCGUCCAUCUUCACACAUGCAAAAGUUUAUAGAAAAACACUGUAAAACGCAACAAAAGCAACAGUCGCCACAUUAAUGACAACAAUAAUGAAAAAACAACACGUGAACACAAACACAAGCAAGUUCAACCAACAACUGCAUAUACAAACGUAUAUACAUACAUACAUACAGAAGUGUUUUUGUGCACAUAUACAUAUUUUAUUACUAUUUGGACGUUCUUUCAAAGUUUUGUGGACCACUAAGCUGAAAAUAUUGAGUCUCUUAUAAAAUCUUUUGAGGAUUAUUAAGAGAACCGAUGAGGAAAUAUCUUAAAUUAAAGGGUUCCACAAGAUAAUUGUGGCACUUCUUUCACGUCUACAUUGGCAUUUGAACAGAAGUAUUGUAAAAUAUUUGAAGGGGUGUAAAAAGUUGACUCAAACGAUAUUAUACCACUAUGAGAGUUUUGAACAUUUUGAAUAAGAGCAAAAGAAGAGAAAAGGCAACAGAGAAGGCGAGGCGAGCUACUUUUGCACAUAUCCAAUUAGAAAAAAUCUCGAAACUAGUCUGAUAUUAAAAUAAAAAUGCAAUAGGACGUCUAACAAAUACAGAAGUAUGUAAUGUUUACAUUUAUAUAUGUGUGCACUAUGUUAGAAGUAAGGGCCUUUGUAAAACUUUAUCCUGAUAGAAAUGAAUAUCCUAUGAAUAUGUAUCUAUGAAUGAAUAUUGAUUAUAUAGAGAUGUGAAAGUAUUUGUUACAAAUUUCAUAUAUUCUCGGAUUGGCCGGUCGCCUCUCAGUUACAAUUUUGUCUGUGGGUAACUAUCGAUUGCCCGCGAUUUCUAAGAUAUGUGUGGAAUUCACAUUCAAGUGUUCAUAUUUUUGGUGCACAGUAUGCACAGUACCCUUUAAAAUUUAUAAGGAUAUAAUCGGAAGGUCGAGUUGAGUUGACUUGUCAUGUGUGUCUGUCUGUUUGUUUAAACGAAAACUCAAAGACGUUUUUAGGUGUAUUAACGAAUUAUGGCAUGGUUGUGUAUUUUGUAUGGUAUUAAGACUAAAGUAUAGCUUCCAUACAUUUAAUUUUUCAAAGCGGUGUGAGUUCUUGUCAUAAUUCCCAAAUGAAAAUAUUAGUAUGUAUGCACAGCCGUGGCCACAUAAUUAUAAACUUCUUUAAGUCAACUAAAUAUGAAUAAAACAACGCCCUAUACUUUCUAAAUAAUUUUCUUAUGAACUGAGCUAUUCUGUGGUGUUUCAUUAUAGGUUUACAUUUUUUUUUAUCGCAGUUUGCUUUGGAAAAGAAUUAAAAAAAUGUCUGUUAUAUAUGUACGUUUGUUCGUGGACAUAUAAUUAGAAAUGUGUUAAAAUUCUUUGAAUAUACUGAUUUUUUCCGGUGUUUCUGGUAUUUUAAUGAAAUGGGUAAGAGGAAGUCUUGUACACCACAGAUGAGAGUGAGAUGAUUGUAUGGUGCCUCCAAAGGGAACAACUGUCUAUGGCGAAAAUUGGAAAACAUUUUGGUUGCUCUAAAAAUAUGGUGUAUGAAUCAAUUCAUGUUUUCAAUGCAACCAAAAGUUUUGAGGAUCCGAAAGGCGACGCAGAGCACGUAAAACCACCCCAAAUGAGGACAGGAUAAUUACAGGACGGAGUAAGGCAAAUCCUUUCGCAACUGCAUUUGAAAUAGAAGUUGCCAAGGAAAUAGUUUUGACAAUCCGGGGUUACAAAAUUGUCCCAGGUCAUCAAGCGAAAGCUUUUCGGAAAAUUAACUUUCUAUUGGAUAUAAUAUAACACCUUCAUAAACACCAUCCAACUGAAACAGCUUAUUUGCUAUGUCUACAGGAUUAAAAGUAUUAUUAGAUGCAGCUCAGUAUAUUGAGCACCAAGAGAAAUUAAAAAGGUCACCAGUUUCGGCUUCAGAUGACCUUACGGAGCUGAGCUAUGUCAAUCAAUGCUCUUCGGGAUUUAAUAUAACUGCUGUUAACAGUAACAAUAAUAAUAUCAUAAGCAAAAGAAGUGUACGAAUUACUACAGAUGUGGAUGCUCAAGUCUCGUCUUCUGCACCGGCAUCUAGUGCUACGUUUCAUCAUAUUACCAAUGGGGUAAUUAUACCCAACUACAACUGUUCUCUAACUGGAAGCCAAUCGCUAUUUGAAACAAAAUCCACCCAAUCUAAGAAAAUCAGCGGCAGAAUCGGGAAUGAAUACCAAUUAAAUGAUAGCAGGACUGCCGGAGAAGCAAUUGAAUCGUUUAAAAUUAGUCCAAACGUCUUAAUAUCUUCAAAAAAGGCAUCAACACAGUCAAUCCCUGUGACUGAUGAUGCAUUAGAUGAAAGUAGCAUUUCUGAGGAAUCAUUUUCUUUGACUGCUUCUCCAAAAAUCAAUGAGCUUGCUAAUUUACUGUCACUACGGUCGAAUGUUCAUAAUUCAAAUGAACAGCGAAAGCAAGAGCAACCACACUCAACACUUGAGGAAUGCAAUAAGGGAAGCAAUGGGCAUCACAGCAAAUCCAAAGCAUUUAGGCUUGUAGAUAGUUGCAGUGGCGACAUUGUUGUUGUGACUGCUGCCGCUAAUAAACAAAUGUUACUGAAUGAUGGUUUGCGUGUUGCAUCGCCAGCGGCGACUAUAUGUCCUGCUUCGUCUAAAGCGAUUAGUAUACCAAAGCAAACGCAACAACAUCACUCGGUAGCCCCGAAAUUUUCGCUAAUGAACAGUACCUCCGCCCCGCAUUCAGUACGGUACAAAUAUUCCGAACCUCUUACCCCACCGCCCGUUGCGAGUAGAAAAGUUGACGAGACACAUACACGGAUACGCAGUUUCUCACUUUCCCAUAAAAUUCCAGCCAAUCAACUACUUUCGAACAAUGGAGAGAUUGGAAAAAUGAUCGUUGAAGAUGGAAACGAUUCACCGCCUCGACACAGCUCAACCGGCAGUCACUACUUACAGAUGAUGUCAGCGCAACAUGCGAUAGCUGGUUCUCAUGUGACACCUUCUAUCGGUGGCACUGGUCGGAGGCGUACUAUUAGUUCCAAUAGUAAUGGGGCUGGUACCCGUGAGGUGCACAAUAAAUUGGAGAAAAAUCGGAGAGCACAUCUUAAAGAAUGCUAUGAGCAAUUGAAAAACCAACUACCAUUAAAGGAGGACGAACGCAAGAAGACAUCGAACUUGGCAAUUCUUGGGGAAGCAAUCAAAUAUGUAAAAACACUUAAAAAACAGGAUCAAGAUCUUGAAGCUGAAGUAGAGCAGCUAGCUAAAACGAAAAUAAAUUCGCAACUUAAGCUAGUAUCACUAAAGCGGGAGCUUGGUCCAAAGUAUGAACAAAUGUUUCCUGGCCCAUUCUUAGAUUUCGAUUUAAGCAAUGGUGAAAAAGAUAAUUUAAAUGAAACCGCAUCACUUUCUUCUGGACGUGGAAGCAUACUAUAUAGCUCUUCAAGCUCGUUAUCAAGCGGCGGCAGCAACGGGAGCACGACCAUGUCCUCACCGGUUGGUCCCAGUCUUUCUCAGCCUUCUGCUCUAUCACCUGUGAUAUCUAAAGUUAGCGCUACUAACAACAUUUCGAGCAGUGCAAGCGGUAAUAAUAACUCUUCCAAUAUUUGCUUGGCAUCAAAAUCUUCAGGCACAUUUGACCAUAAUCAACUACACCAGAUCAGGCCAACCCCUUCGGUACUUGAUAUUAGUAGUGUCACGAGUGUGAUGCCUAUAAAUGCAGCAGUAUCUUUGGGUAAUGGAGGUAUUGUUAAUAUGAGCAGUACAGCACUAUCAUUAACAGCCAAAAACAUUUCGUCUAUGUCACUCACACGUGAUUCACCAACACCAUCUACUCCGUCGCCAUCACCAUCAACUUCUAGUUGCGUUUCAUCGUCAUCAUCAUUAAUAUCAUCAUCACCGCCACGUGCAAUAAAUGGUAUAAUUAGUGGUCGUAGUGUGACGGUCAGUAUUCCGAAUAACGUGAAAUUCACAAGCAGUGGGCAUGGGACGAGUCGAUUAACUGCACCGGUCGCCGAAUCAACCGUCGGUAAUAGGACUUCCUCUGCACCGGCUACUAUAAUAGCAACAUCUUCACCAAGCAAUGGAGUUACUUCUACAAAUAAUGCUAUAAUGCUUCAGGCAUUACGUGGAUGUCAUCUGGUGUGAACCAUAUUCGUGAAUUAUCAUCCCAAGCGUAAUCUCGGACAUAGUGUCAAUCAUAGACGUCAUAUACAACAUUCAGCUAAAUAUCAGCUAAUGAUAAAAACUCUAACAAAUAAGGAAUGCAAGAUUUAAGUUGAUAUGCUUUUCUAAUCAAUGGGACCAUUAUGGAGGAAAAAGUUGUUUGAGAAGCAAUCAAAAUAACAAAGAAAUUAUUAUUAAACACAAUAUUUUAAAUACACAUGAACCAUUUGUGCUACUGUGUUAACGAAAAAUACCAAAUAUCAGCAAAAUGGACAUUCACAUUUAUUAAAUGUGUACAUGAAGUAAAAUUUUAUCAAAGGUAAACAGAACUGCACCACCUUUAUUUUUGUAAGGGACAAAUAGUAUAAGGAGAACUUUAUACCUAAACAGAACAAGAUUUCUAAACUCAAAGUAAAGACUUAAUGAAGUUUAUAUAUGUAUGUAUGUAUAUGAAUGCAUGUAUGUCAUUUUUGACAAUACAACGAAGAACGAUGAUAGAAUGUCGACUGACAAUUGCAAAUGAAAGUCUGUAUUGAAUAUUGUUGGUAAAUGGUCUUAAUUUUCGGCUACUCGGUAAAUUUGAAUCGAUACAGUUAAAAUUGGAAAAAUGACACACACUACAUCCCACACUUCUUACAACCCCUCCAAACCUCUAUGAAUAAUUAAAAGAUAAGAGCAAGAUUCUAAUUGUUGGGUGUAGACACUACCUAGGUCUCACAUAGCACGUUGCGUUCUCUUGUAGAUAAACACUCUGCACUUCAAUAACGGUAAAAAAAUCGAAUUGUUGAUAUCAUGCAAGCUUCUUAAAGAACUCUGCGCUGAUUUCUUUUUUCUACAUGUCAAACAAAGUUUUUUCUUCCGUGGUUUUUAUUUUUUGUAAGUACUUGGAUUAUCAAAAUGAUUUCCACAACCACAUCACUCAAAAGAAAACAAAUUGGAAUUUUUUUUUUAAAUAAAACCAAUAUUUUACACUUCUCUUUCAGAAAACUAAAUAAAUCAUACUGUCCGCACUUAACAUUAAAAGUCUAGUACUUAUCUUUUGCAUUUAAGGCAAAUUAUUCAGAUAGGCUUGGUGCGGUUAUCAUUUUGGGGUGUACACAUAUUUCGUAUGUGCAAUCUACUUACGAGAAAAACAUAAUAUGUAAAUAUACAUACUUAGUUAAGUAUGUCGAUUAUCCUUAAAAACAUUUGUAUGCGGAAACAUUAUUUGUGUAUGUAUGUUUAAUGUGUUGUAACUUUCAGAAAAAUCUAACUUUACUACCAUUUCAUAUGUAUCCCUCAAUAAUAAUUACAUUCGGCGAGGUAAAUACUUAUAAUUUUAAACAUUAUAGGAGGGUUAUCUUUGCAACAUAAAUAUAACUAAAGAAAAAAAAA